AUGUCGACAAUCAUACGCGACUUGUUUGGAGGUGCAAUCAAGGCUGUUUUGCCCAGCAACCUCGUCGACGCAUCUGACUUUCGCCAAAUUCCCGACAACCAAGAGGUGUUUCUCUAUCCUGACUCGAACGUCAGUAUCAUUGUUGAAGUACUUCAACGGGUAGAUGCUCAAGACGACGACUCUGCGAUCAGAUUUCAUUUUGACUCGCUCGCCCACGACAACUCGGCUGAGACUGCGUUGGUCGAGGCCGUUGCUACGCUUACAAAUACGAGAGGGGACAAGACUCCAUCAGCCAUUACGCUGGUUGGUAUCCAGACCGUGGCGAAAUUCAACAAAAGCGCGGGUGAUCGAAUUCGGAUUCUCAUGGCGCUUUACAGAAUACCAGACAAACUCGUGGACCUUGUUGUCACAUUCAACAUUCCCAUCCAAGCGCUGGAUAGUGUCGAUGUGACCGAGGAGGGGUGGAAGACCACCCAGAGCCACUUUGACGGUUUGGUUCGAUCUUUGUCUAUCGUGGACUUUGGCCUCUUCGUGUAG